CACCGCCUCCCGGUACCCCCACCGGUGCCCACCGAGAUGGGUGACCGGGUGUCGGGUGCUCUGCAGCGGUCCUGUAGCAGGGUGUCGCAGCUGCUGCAUUUGGGGAAGGCACGCAAGGAGCCGGAGGAGCCACCUGCCCCCAUCUACCUCAACAUCCAGGAACUGCGGGAAGAAGCCGCAGCCACCAGCUCGGCCCCGGAGGAGGCCGGCAGCUCCGUGUCGGAUUGGGAAACCCACACGGAUACAGACAGUGGACACUUGUUUUAUUAUAACCCGGUGACGGGUGAGACCACGUGGGAUUGUCCCUUUGGGCAGGCAGAAGAUGGAGUGAGUCCUGUCGCCUCUCCCGCCUCCUCGCUUCCCCACAGCCCGGAGUUUCCCGAGUGGGAACAGUACAUGGACGAAGCCAGCGGACAGGCUUUUUUCUAUAAUUCGGUAACAGGUGAGACGUCGUGGGACCCUCCCCACACGGGAGACGGAGGCAGCUCCCAGGAUAUGUACCCUGGGGUGACGCGGUACGGUCCCAUGGAGCAGAGGCCUCCCACUCCAGAAACGGACUAUCCUGACCUGUCUCCAGAUGAGCUGGAGGGUUAUCCUGAGGAGGACUACUCACCCGUGGGCUCCUAUGAUCAGGGGGCCGCUCUCUGUCUGUCCCCGAGGCGCCCCGAGGAGCUGGGCUCGCCCCCGGGCUGGUACGGGCACAGCCACCCCGAGGGAGCCGUGUUCUACCCCGAGCACUUCACUUCUGACACGGUGCCGGUGGGUGGCCACCAUGACCGGGCCAGCAGUGGCUCCAGCCAGGACAGUGGGCUCUUUGCCUGGCACAGCACCGUGCCGCCGGUGUUGGGGCUCAAGGAGGAGAAGUUUAAAAGCCUCGAAAAAGCCGGAGUGCUCAACCGGACCAAGACAGUGGACAGAGGGAAGCGGCUCCGGAAGAACUGGAGCUCCUCCUGGACGGUGCUGGAGGGGGGGAUCCUCACCUUCUUCAAGGACUCCAAGCACUCGGCUGCUGGUGCCUUGCGGCACCCCAGCACCCUGACCACCCCCGAGCACACGGUGGAGCUGCGUGGGGCCACCCUCGCCUGGGCCGGCAAGGACAAGUCCAGCAAGAAGCAUGUCCUGGAGCUGAAGACACGGGAGGGCUCAGAAUUCCUCAUCCAGCACGACUCGGAGCAGAUCAUCACCGCCUGGCAGAAGGCGAUCGCUGACAGCAUCGGCAGGCUGGGCACCGGCCUCCCCGACGAGGAGGAUGCCGAAAGCGGGGCUGAAUUCGGCUCCCGAGAGAAGCUGGGGGGAAGCGAGGAGAAGAGGGCAGCCGGGCAGCCGAUGGGCAGUGCCAGUGGUGAGAACGACUCCAGCAAAGUCCGGAACAAACUCCGCAAGUUCCUGCAGAGGCGGCCGACGCUGCAGUCCCUGCGCGAGAGGGGCUACAUCAAAGAUCAGGUUUUCGGCUGCUCCCUGCAAGCGCUGUGCGAGCGGGAGCGGGGGACGGUGCCCCGCUUUGUCCUGCAGUGCAUCCAGACCGUGGAGAGGAGAGGUCUGGACAUCGAUGGGCUGUACCGGGUCAGCGGCAACCUGGCCACCAUCCAGAAACUGCGCUACAAAGUGGAGCACGACGAGCACCUGGACCUGGAUGAUGGGCGCUGGGAGGACAUCCACGUUGUCACUGGGGCGCUGAAGCUCUUUUUCCGGGAGCUGCCGGAGCCACUCGUCCCCUUCAGUCACUUCGACAAGUUCAUCGCUGCCAUCAAGAUGCAGGACCCGACCAGGCGGGGCCGGUGCGUCCGUGACCUGGUGUUCUCCCUCCCGCCUGCCCACCACGACACCAUGAAGGUCCUCUUCCACCACCUCUGCAGGGUUAUCGAGUACAAGGAGGAGAACCGCAUGUCGGUGCAGAGCAUCGCCAUCGUCUUCGGCCCCACGUUGCUGCGGCCGGCGAGCGAGGAGGGGAACAUGGCCAUGCACAUGGUCUUCCAGAACCAGGUGGUGGAGCACAUCCUCAAUCAGUACAGCUACAUCUUCCCCGACGGCUAA